UCCUUUUUCGAUCUUUCUGCCAAAGACAUUGACGGCAACGCCAUAGCGUUCGAGUCCUUUCGUGGCAAAGUCACGGUUUUGACCAAUGUAGCCUCGUACUGUGGCUACACAGAGUCGCACUACCGCGGUCUCGUUGAGCUUUGGUCAGUCAUGAGUGACAAAGCCGUGGAGAUUCUUGCAUUUCCCUGUAAUCAAUUUGGUGCCCAAGAGCCCGAAGAGGCCGACAAAAUUAAGGAUUUUGCGUCGAGCAAGGGUGUUCGCUUUCGAAUUAUGGAAAAAAUCAACGUGAAUGGCCCAAAUGCCCAUCAGGUAUACAAGUACCUCAAAGCUCAAGCGGGUCCACCCACAAUUAAUUGGAAUUUCGGAACGUAUUUUGUCGUCGGCCCCGAUGGAGUAGUCGAAUCACACAGCGGUGUUGGACCUAUGGAGCUACGAGAUGUCGUCGAUGAAUUAUUGGAAAAGGAGGAGUUGUAG